AUGGCGAUACAAAAAAAGCCAAUAAAACUUAAGCAGAUCAAGAAUGAACUUUUACGCGAAAUGAAUUUCAUAAGCAACAUCUUCACGUUUUAUGCAGCUCCAAGGAAAGAUGAAGAAAGCGAUCUUAUGGAUUUCGAAAUUACUAAGGGAAAUAACGCUGGUGACGACGAAGAAGACAAGCCAAAAAGGGCACAAAGCAUUGCUGAGCUAGAAGAGAAAUUAGAAAAAGUAAAAUCUCAGAAUAAAAAUUUGAAAAACAAAUUGCUUAAGAAGAGUCUUACUAGUAAACUAAACAAAAAGAUUAAGAAAAAAGAGAGAGCUAAACUUAACAAAAAUAAAAUUCAAAAAGCAUUAGAACACAGCGAUAAACCUAAAAUAGAGAAACCUAUUGCUGCACCCCAACCAAAACCUAUUUUUAAUACUGAUGGAAAACUUGUAUUUUCAAAAUUUGAUUUUGCCAAUCUAGGAUCUAAAGAAACAACUCCUAAGGUGCACAAAGACCCGAAAAAGAUUUUGGAUGAUCUAAAGCAGCAAGAGCAAAAAGUUCAAGAGCUGUCAGAAAAGGAUAGUGAUAGAGCUAAAAAUUUGAAGGAAAAAAUUGCUUGGAAGAAUUUACUUCAAAAAGCUGAAGGGCAAAAAGUCAAAGAUGAUCCAGUAUUGCUUAAAAAGUCCAUAAAGAAACAUGAACAAAAAAAGAAAGCAAGCAAAAAGCAGUGGCAGAAUAGAAUACAGUCUGUUGAGGGCAAAAAAGAAGAAAGACAAAAGAAGAGAAAAGAGAACAUCUUGAAAAAGAAGAAAGAAAAGAAAGCUAAAAUUAUUAAAACUUCAGAGAAGAGGGGGAGAGUUGUGAUAUAA